AGUGCGAGCUGUUUCAUUGUAGCUAGCGCCUAGUUUAGCCUAGCUUCUAGCUCUGAGUGGUUGUCAUCUGCCCCCUUCUCUCCAGAUAGCAAGCCGCUAUUAUUCAUCAUGGCUGCGUUGAGAGUGUCCUAUCACAGGAUUCUGGACCGGAUUGAGCAUAUGCUGCCUGCCAAACUGAGACCCUUGUACAACCACCCGGCAGGUCCAAAAACUGUGUUCUUCUGGGCUCCGAUGUUCAAAUGGGGCCUGGUUGCAGCUGGUUUAGCUGACAUGACACGGCCAGCAGAAAAAUUGAGUACCUCCCAGUCUCUCGUACUAACAGCAACAGGCCUGAUCUGGUCCAGAUAUUCGCUGGUCAUCAUCCCAAAGAACUGGAACCUGUUUGCUGUCAACUUCUUCUUGGGCUGCGCCGGAGGCUCCCAGCUCUACAGGAUUUGGAGAUACAAUCAGGAUCAGAAGGCUAAGGGGGCAACAGAGUCCUGACCGUCAACAGUGAAGUAAUAGGGCAACUUCAAGCCGGGCCACCGACUGACCUGCGUCACAUGUCCCUCUCGUUAUUUGUACAUCAUCACGUCACCAUUUCCACCUAACAUCCAUGCCAGCAACAUGAUUUGACCAUAUUUAGCCGCUAUCUCCCUGCUGGAAAUGUGCACUUUCCCCAAAAGUUCCAAGUUUCUUCAGGGUGUGUAUAUUUACCAUUUAAAAAAAAAAAAACACAUGGUCACCAACGCACACAUUACUUGUUUAACAAAUUGAUUGAUUGUACAUUUUGUUUGUAUAUCAUUUUAAUGUGUAGCAGUCAUUACCUCAUGCAAUCAUUUCCCCAAAACAUGUUUGGUUUUGAAGAAUGUGUCCAAAGCCGUUGAAGGGCAUCAUCAUGUUGCUUUUAAUUGCUUAUUUAUCAUACUAUGAUUAAAUUGCUUCAUUUUAAUAGCUUUAAAUUUGUGAGAAAAUAAUCAGGUCAUUGCUUUAAUUUUUUCUUUCUCAUAGUGCUAACUGUAUAACACCAUUUCUAUUAAAACUGUGCAGCUUGUUCGGCUACACAAAGGUUGCUAGCUAACAGAUACUGAACUGCUUUUAUCUAAAACCUCUUUGCUAUUAGGAAAUU